GUAUUUCACCAUAUUUCACAUACAUUGACAGGCGAACCGAAUGUUUUAUUAUGCUACUGUGCUCAUGUGAAGUUGUAGAUUUUUUGUAUUGCCUUACAAUGUGCAACAAUAAAUUAAUAGAAUCUAAUAAAUACGUGAAAAAUGCACGGAGUUAUCAUAAAAUAUGUUAAUAUCAAAACAUAUCGUGUUCUGAAUGAAUAAUCAAAUGUUUCUUAUAAAGCAUGUUGCCUCCAAGGUUUAUUUUUGGUAUUAUACAAACAAUGUUUAUAAAAUCGAUUCCGUGAUCGAGCUUCUAUAAUUAAGAUACGUUUAAACAAGGUAUGUGCUAUAGCUUUACUCCAGGAUAAUCAGCAUGGCGCAAGAAGCUACUGAAGAUUUUGAUGCUGGCCCCACGAGCUAUGACGAAAUCAUCCCUGGUUUAUACCUCGGAAAUCUCACGGCUGCCACAGAUAUUGAGUGGCUGAAGGAAACUAAAAUAAAUUAUAUACUUACCGUAGAUUCCUGUCCUCUUCCUCGGAAGAUUCAAGAAUUCUCGCCAAAUCUGAUUAUAAAGUACAUACAAGUUACUGACAUGCCUCGCGAAGAUCUUCUAAUUCACUUCGAAGAAUCUUACGAGUUCAUAGAUCACGCGUUAGAAACGCACAAUAACAUUUUAGUACAUUGCUAUUUCGGCGUCUCGAGGUCGGCUGCAAUCGUUAUCGCGUACAUAAUGAAAAAAUAUGGAAGAAGUUUUCGCGACGCGUUCGAAGCUGUGAAGGAGAAGAGACGUUUCGUCGGACCCAACGCCGGCUUCUUGGCACAGUUGAAACUGUACGAAGAGAUGGGCUGCGGGAUAAAUAAUACUAACGUACACUUCAAGAUGUACAGAUUGCAGAUCGCGGCGGAUAAGAUGCGAAAAGCGAAGAUUUUACCGCAAACUUGCGCAGAAUUGAUAAAACCAGAUCCGGCUCUGGUCACUGUGCAUCCAGAGCCGACGGUCUACCGUUGUAAAAAGUGCCGUAGGAUCGUGGCAAGCGCUAGCAACAUUUUACCGCACAUGCCGAAAGAGAGACAGAUCUGGAGACAUAUAAGUACAAAGAAAUCGUCGAAACAAUCAAAAGCAACGCAGGAACCGUUGGAACCUGUUCAGAAAGAGGAGCGUCAGCCCCGAGAAUUUUGCACGAAGAUAUUGUUCGUGGAGCCACUUGCCUGGAUGCCCGACAUCGUCCACAAUGUCGAGGGGAAACUGAAUUGUCCAAAGUGUGGCACGAAAUUGGGCUCGUUCAGUUGGAUAGCGGGCAGUCAGUGUCCGUGUGGAAGCAAGAUAGCACCCGCGUUUUAUCUGGUUCCUUCGAAGGUGGACUGGAGCAACGCCGUGCAAAAUGUACAAGUAACUGUAUAAUACCGGAAACUGUAUCUUCGUGUUUAAGAAUUUUUUGACGGUUGAUUAGUACGUAAGAAAAUGUUUUUGAAUCUUUUUACGUGGAUCUAGUUCGAUUAGCGUUGUAACGAAUGUAUACGUGUUAGCGGCAAGUCCUUUUUAAGGACGAUCGCACGUGUCUAACACGUCGGGCGCGUGAAUUUCUAACGUACACGUGACCAAUGUAUGAGACUUCGAUUCUAAUUUCGUGCCAAUGUUCGUAUAAAUUCCGUAAUAACUGUACUCAUUUUACAACUAUAAGUGUCUGUCUUGCCGCAACGAGUAAACGACCCGUUCUUCCACAGUAUACGUACUUACAUCUUCCUUCUUUUUUAUGAUUAAUAUUGUAUACAUACGUAAUUCACAAAAACUUUGUAGGGUAACAUAACGUUUCCUGUAUUGAUACUCCAUAUUAAGGAAACAAUAAAUUUACGAUUUUUAUCAUUUA